UGAAUAAGCUCAGUGCAGCUUCCGAGCAGUGUCCCUAUUUUUGGUUGCAAAAUGGAGAUCAAAGUUCACACAUCCAAAGCCGUGACACAAAAGCAGGGUUUCCGAGAAGUAUUUUGGGUUUGAAAGGAGUUCUGAGCAGUUGAUUGCAUUUAUUAUAUGCUCUACUUUUCCAGCGCAAGAUGUCCAGCAAUAGCACAAGGUACAAGAACUUCUUUCUGCUGGGCUUCCCAGGCCUGGAGCCUCAGUAUCACGGCGCCGUGUCGGCGUUGCUCUUGCUGCUCUUCCUGGCCAUUGCCGGGGGGAACCUCUUUAUUUUGCUUCUCAUCAAGUUGGACCGAAUCCUCCACAAGCCCACCUACCUCCUCUUCUGCCACCUGGCCCUCACCGACCUAUUCUUCGGCACGGUCACGCUGCCCCAAGUCAUCUGGAGGUACUGGCUGGACGAGCCGCGGGUGGCCUUUGCUGCCUGCUUCACGCAAAUGUACUUUGUGCACUUCCUGGGCGCCACGCACUCCUUCAUCCUGAUGUUGAUGGCGCUGGAUCGAUUGGUGGCUAUCUACAACCCGCUGCGCUACCCCGCCGUGGUCACCAACGCCGCCGUCACGCUGCUGUGCGCCAUCUCCUGGCUCAUGCCGGCGUCCUGGAUGGUGGCCGUGGUCAUGCACGUUGUCGUGCUGCCUUACUGUGACUCGCACGUCAUCCGCCACUGCUACUGCGACCACAACAGCAUCGCCAGGCUCAGCUGCGACCAGUCCCAGGUGAAUGAGUUGGCCUUCCCCCUGGCCAUGUUCAGCCUCCUGUGCCCGCUCUCCUUGAUCAGCUUCUCCUACUGCGCAGUCAUCGCCACGGUGGCCAAGAAGUACGGCGGCGGGAGUCGCAGUAAAGCCCUGUCGACGUGUUCGCCGCAGCUGCUGGUCACGGGCCUCUACUACACGCCACGCUGCUUCGUGUACAUGGCCAACCACCAGGGAUACCACUUCACCGAGUCGGUGCGCAUCGUGGUAAUCAUGGUGUACAGCCUGCUGCCCGCCGCAGUCAACCCGAUUAUCUACUGCUUCAAAAUGCAGGAGAUCAAGCAGUACAUCAAGAGAAGGUUUCGUAACAGGAGGACAAUACAGACGCCGUAGCGGCUUCGUGUUUUUAGCACUUUUCAAUUUAUGCAUAAAAGUGCUGCAAACAAUAUUUGUAAUUUGAAGUUAUAUCUUCAGUUUACACAAUGCUCCUUU